CGAAAUUGUUUGAGAGGACUGCGGCACGCGCGGGCGACCAUCUCGUCGAGCUGUCUGACAGCACACUUAGGGGACGGUUUCGUAUACCCAUGCAUUAUGUUAUUGUAAAAACUCAUAGUGCGUGCUGGUACAACUUCAGCAUCUAGUUUAUAGCGAGGUUGUAGAAUACUGCCGUGUGACGGCAGAGGAGCACGAGAAAAGAGCCCGAGUUUCGGCACGAGGAGCGCGCUUCCUCGAACUUGAAAAUGACCUCUGACUUCACAUAGGCAGCAGGAUUACUGGAAGCUCAGCCGGACGAGCAGGGCCGAGUGCGAUGGCGGGGCACAACUGUGACCAGCUGAGGCUGAGUCUUAGUGGCCUCACCGCCCUAGCUUUCCUGGCUUUCUGUGCCGUCAAAGUGGAGGCAUGGGGCUACCAUGGAGCACGAAGCUUGCCUGGGCUCGGCCGGCGUGUUGUCGCAGGGACAAGUUUUGACCUGCUCUCAGCGCUUGAGGACCCGAGCAUUGACAGGAUAGUAUUAACGGGUGAUCUCGUUCUCGACAAGCGCGUCUUCAGCUCGGACAGCGAGCAACACGUCUUUCCGCUACACAUUCGGCGCAAUGUGACUAUCAAAAGUAUCCUGACUAGCGAAGCGUUCGCGAGUCUGGACUUUCGGUACCUGUCAGGCAAACUCCACUUAGCGCCGGGGGUUUGGCUGACGAUCUACCGGCUGCGUGUGCGCGGCCUGACGGCCUCCUGUGCGCCCACCUUCCCCUUCGUCACCGUGUCACAAGGAGCGGGCGUGGUAUUUCGUGACUGUGUGCUUCAUCGCUUGGCGUGUCUGCCCAUGGACAUGGUUUACGAGAGCAUCAUUCACGGUGGCGAAGUGAGCCAUGGUGACGGAAGCGGCCAGAAGCUGCGGGAAGGUGCCGGAAAGCUGGCUCCGCCGCCGCCGCCAGGGCACUCGGCGGCGGCAGGGAGAGCGGGAGGUGGCGGCGGCGGCAGCAGGGUGAAGGGCAGUGGCGAGGACAGUGCGGGGGAAGAGCGUGGCACGGCGGCCGUGACGUUGGGUCCGACAGAGGUGGAGUUGGUGCAGCGCUACUGCUUCAGUGCGGUGCAGGGUGGGCGCUACUGCCGCCCACAGGCGCUGCAGCUGCACCGCUACGUCUACGCCACGCCCGUGCCCACGGCGCUGCUACAGCCGCCGCAGUCUGGCGCCGCCGCGGUGGCGCCGACCGGCGCGGCGGCUGUAGCAGGCGCGGAUGGCGCGGCGGUAGUAGCCGAUCCAGUUCCUGUAGGCACGGCUGGUCCGGGCGGGGCCGCAGCUACAGCCGCGGCAGCUGCAGCCGCGGCAGCUACUGCCGCGGCGUUCACGCUUGUGGCCGAGGACACGGUAAUGGUGUGUGAUCACCCCGUGAGCGCAGCGUGUGUGCGCGACAAUGGCCCCGAGUUCUGCGUUAAGCGGGAAAUCGCGGCUCGCCUGGCGGCGGAGGAGCGACAGAGCUCCAGCCUGGCGGCAGCCGUUGGCGCAACCGUCGCGGUUACGGCGAUGGCGGUUGGCUGGUGGGUGCUGGCGGCGCGGCGGCGCAGCAGGAAGGCCGCGGCGGCGGCGGCGGAGGAAGAGGCGGCAGCCGCCCAGGAGCAGCAACGGUUGUGGGCGCAUUCGGCGGCUGUGGCAGCUGGGGAGUCUGGCGGGACCGAGGUGCAGCAGGCUCUGGAGGUGUUGCUGCGGCAGCUGGCGGUGGCGGGUGACAGCGCGGCGCCGUCGGCGUCGGCCGCGCCGUCCACCAGCGGCGAUGGGCGCUUCGUGCGCAUGUCCGGCAGCUCAAACUCCCGCACGACCUCGCGCAACCCCUCCCGCACCGUGUCGCGGACCUCCACGCGCAACCCCCUCGACGCCGGUGCUGGCGGCGGCGCCGCCGCCGCCGCAAGCGGUCUCGCCGGCCCUACCAGCAGCUCCGUCUUUUCGGCCGUAAGCCAGACGACCAGCGCCAACCAACAUGCCGCACUGGCGCUGGCGCUGGCGCCGGCGAACAACAGCAACAGCAGGAGCAGCGCUGCCCUCGGCACCGGCGGCGGAAGCGGCGCGCCGCCAUCAGCGGUGUCGGUCGCCGCGGCGGCGCUGGCUGCGGCGGUCGCGAACGCGAACGCAAAUGCUAACACCGGCUCGGGCGCGGGCACAGGCGCGGCCGCACAGGUUGUUAAGCGGUCUUCCGGACGGACAGGAGCGACGCAGUCCGUCCCUACCAGCGGCGCAACAUCCGGGACGGGUGUCGGCGGCGCCGCCGCCACAGUGCCGUACGCACCGCACGACAGCGUUGCGCCGAUUGACCCUGCCAUGCUACUGGCAGCGGACCGGCUGGGACGGCGGAUGCAUGCCCAGGGCGGCAAGGGCGAGGUGGCCUCUCCCAACGCAAACACACAAGGCAUGAGCGCGAACUCACACACGACGGCCACGCCGGCGACGGCCACCAGCGCCGAUGCGGAUGAGCUGGCGGCGCUGGUAGGGGCGACGGCACGCUCUAGUGCCGGCGGUCUGCUGAAGCCGGCUGCAAUCGAGACGCAGGAGCGUAUCGAGUCCCUGCGGCGCAGCAUGCGCUCCGAGGGGCCCGCCAUCCCUCUCAGCCCGGUCGGUGUCGGCGGCGGCGGCAGCAGCAGCUGGUACGGCAGUAGCGGCGGUACCGAUGACUUGGAGAUUACAGAUCUGCUGGGGGCGGGCACGUUUGGCAAGGUGUUCAAGGGGUUUUGGCACGGCACGCUCGUGGCGGUUAAGCACAUGGUCUUCCCACGUGGCGUGCUGCUGGCGGGCGCGGCGGUUGGCGGCACCGGCGGCGGUGGAGGGCUCGGCGGCAAGCCGGGCGCAGGUGGCGGCGCGGCGGGCGCGGUGCAGCUGCAGCUUGAGCGCAUGGCUGCAAUGGAGGCAGCCAUUAGCACGAGCCUGUCCCACCCCAACGUCGUCCAGACCUAUACCUGGCGAGUCACGCCGCUCGGGGACGCCGCGCAGCCCCACGAUGCGCGCCACCACCCGGCAUCAGCGCCCCGUCCCGGCCUUGGCGUCGGCCCAGGCGCCGGCCAGGGCCCCGCCCUGCGGCGCAGCACCGUCAGCGGCGUGGGCUCGGCCGGCACCGCCAGUGUGGAGGCCCAGACCCAGGAGGCCCUGCCACCGCUGGCGCUGGCUGGGCAGCGGCAGCAGCGCGCCUCUGACACGGGGCCGCAACAGGGCCCCGGGUCGCCCUUGGCGUGGCGGUCGCUUCCCGGCGGCGGCGGCGUCGCGGGCGAGGCCGGGGCACGUGGGCCGCCGCUGCCGCCGCGGCACCACUCCGGCGAGGGACAGCAGCAAGGGGGUCAGGGGGCGCAGUGGGGGGCCGUGGCGAGCCAGCAGCAGCAGCAGCAGCAGCAGCAGGAGGGGCACGCGGAGCCGUGCCUUCACUCCAACGCAGCGGCAUUGGAGAAGGGCUUUGAGCUGUGCCUCAUUCUGGAGCUGUGUGACAUGGGCUCUCUGCGCGACCACCUGGCCCGCGGCGGCUUCCGCUGCACACACGACCACGGCUCUGUGGACCACGGCGCAGUGCUGGACCUGGCCAUGGACGUGGCUCGCGCGAUGUCUUACCUGCACUCCAAGAACAUUGUGCACUCCGACCUCAAGAGUCGCAACGUGCUGCUCAAGUCGCUGAGCGGCCCGCCCGGCUCUCACGGCCGCUGCUGCCCGCUGGUGGCCAAGGUGUCGGACUUCGGGCUUGCGUUCAAGAUGGAGGGCGAGGAGACGCACGUAUCGGGCAUGUACCAGGGCACGCUGGCCUGGAGCGCGCCGGAGCUCCUGAUGGAGGGCCGCGUGUCCAAAGCCGCUGACGUGUACAGCUUCGGCGUCCUGCUGUGGGAGAUGUACACGUGUGGCGAGGCAUUCAAGGGCAUCCCACGACCGCUGCUGGCGGGCAAGGUGGUGGAGGGGCUGCGGCCCGACUUCCCGCCCGAGACCCCGCCCGAGUACAUGCGGCUGGCGGCGGCGUGCUGGGGCCACGACCCGGCGCAGCGGCCCUCCUUUGAUCAGGUGGUCAGGGAGCUGGCCUGCAUGCGGGCGGCAUGGGCGGGCGGGCGGCCGCCUACGGGUCAGCUGGGCUCCGUGAGCGCCCAGGUGCAGCGACGUGAUUCCUUGGCCCGCGUUAGCGCCAGCCGCGUGACCUCGGCUAGGGGUACGGCGGGCGGGCCGCCGCCGCCCACUCACGCCCUGCAGCUGCUCCAAGUCGCCAACCUCAGCAGCGGGGGCAACAACAAGAGGAGCAGCGGCCGCGACGGCGGGGCCGAAGCCAAUGGCGGCGGCGGCGCGAGUCCGGGACCGUGGGCCGAGCAGCCGCGGGCAAACCAUCUGCUGGACGAAGGCAACAGCCACGAUGGGCACGAUGGUACUAGCAGAGAGGUGCCGGGGCAGGAAUGGAUUGGAGCGGGGGACGGCGACGGCGCUGGCGAGAGUGAGGACAGCCGGCGACGGCCGCUGCCGCUGCCGCUGCUCACCACAGCCCUUGGCAGCACCGGCACGGGCGUGGGCGACGGCUCGGGGGUGGCCAGGCCGCUUAAGCAGCAGCUGCUAUCGCCGCCUGGCGGCGCAGCGGCGGUGGCUGCGCUGCGCCUCAAGGGCGCCUCGGUACGCCGCCGCACGCGGCAGGGACACCAGUCUGCCGCUGGGGAAGGCGUGCGCAUGCUGUCAGCCAAGGAUGCGUCGGCUAACUCGGAUGCCGGCGGCAGCUACACGGGUAGUGGGGGACCGGACGGCAGCGAGGGCGGCCCACGCGCGCUUCUGGGCGUUGGUCUGGACACCGCUGACCUCAUCGACAAGGAGCUGUUGGUGGUGGGCGGCGGCGGCGGCACGGGCACGGGCACCUUUGACGACAGCAGCAUGUGGGGGCUGUAGCAGUGCGCUGCAGCAGAGGGCUGUAGCAGCGGCGCACUGCGCCUGCCAGCUUGCCUGCGGUCAAUGCGGUUAGAUCGGUAAUUGCGGUGAAUGCGAAGUCGUUGCAUGCAAUGAAGUCGUUCCAUGCGGUCGAGUUGGUUUGGUGUGGUGGAAAGUUGGAGGCGUAAUGUUACAGGGAAUCCGCUGUAGUGCCUGGAUGCGUAAUAGGUUCUGUAGCCAACAAGCUAGUCCUUUUACUAUUAAGUUAGCGUACAACAUCCGCUAGGGAGGAAGGCGUGUGCGACGAUGCUUAGGUACGGGAAUGUGUAUGGGUGGGAAUGAACUAAAUGGGAAUGGUUUAUGAGAUGGGAAGGGAGCAACAUGGCGACAACGGCAGCACUCUCAGCAGCACAGCGAAGAAGCAAGGGAUUGUUGUGGUGUGUCUCAGUUCCUGCGCAUACAAUGGCAGAGUUGUCAAGGCAAUGGGCAUGCCAACGAGCAGUGUAAGGUUUGGACAGCGCCAAUAAAGCUGUGCAGCCGUGGCUUGCUAAAUGUUCUAGUACCUGAGGCGUUUGACGCGAAAAUGACUGCAUGGCAUGUAGACCUGGUUUGGUCUUGAGAGGGGCAUCGCGCCGUACUGAGAGCUGCUGAAUCGCUGCAAUAAUGAGCAAUGAGGCUGCUGGUUGGAAGCAUGUUCGUGGGUGGAAGGUGACGGUGGGAGGCGCAAUGGUGCAGGAGCCAGCAUCAACACUGCACCUGCCAUUGAUGGGGAACAAAGACUGGCCUUGACGCCCUGUGCUCUGGGCAACUGCUUCACAGUCUGCUGGUAGGAGAUGUUGAGAUGACGGGCCCGCCUGUUGCAGCAGGCAGCAACGGUGUGUGGACGCAGAAAACCCAGGAUGACAGUUGGAGGCAAACGGUUAACGUUUCUUUGCGACAGGUGAUGCGAUGCUACAAUGUCUAGAACGUGCGCGCAGCGCUUGUGUUCGUGUCCUAAGCGCAAAUGCCUCCCGUAACUUGGAUGCCUUCAGGAGCGCCAGGUAUAAUUAGGGGACGGUAUCGGAUGUUGGGCUGACGCAUGUUGUGUCGUAGUCAGGUGUGCCACGUACUGGGGAUGCGGCGAGAUUACUGUAGCGGGGUUUGGGGUGUGAGCCUAAACUGGCGUACGUGCAUGUGUGGAAUGCGGGCAAGAGCUCUCCACUUCAGCGAUCAUACUGUGAACACGAGCUCACCGGCUGGUGCGUGGUGGCGCGCUCGUUGCUAUGGCUGUCCCUUGCAUAUAUACACACAUGUGCACGAUGAGCUUUGUGGGCUGCACAAUGCAUGCAUGUGAAAUGUGCGCCGCAAGGUUUGCUUCGUGCUGUGUGGCUGGUGGCUACACGUCGUGGCGGCCUGAGCGUAUGGCAUGGCCAUACUUGAUGCAUGAGUAGCAUAGCACUAUAUUUGGGGCCGUGCGAAGGGAAUGGCACGUGAUGUGCGAAUAACCGUAAACCAGACCAUGAUGUUGCAAUAUGAUUACUUCAUUGACGGCCGGCGGUACCUGUGGCGUGCCUGCUGCUGGUUUGGAUGCUGGAAGAUUUGGACAUGGACACGAUCUAGGGGUGCAUGGCGCAGCUGCGUAGGGGCGCUCCGUAUGGUUGUGGACCUGCAGUGCAGCUCCCGUGCCGCCAAACUGACCGCAUCACACUGCAUGGGGUCAGGGCGUUUCAGGGUGAUUGGCGUGGCGCAGGAAUUGCGUGUGAGCCACCGCGACUCGAGAGCGUGUGCGUUUUGGGUGCCCCGCCGGCAAGUUGAUAUAGAGAGAAAGAUUUUGCAGGUUGUUGGGAAUGCGUUGAUCUUGGGGAGUUAGGGCACGGAGCUGAGGCGUGGCCAUGUGGGUGCCUGUGUGCGGCUGUGGGGCAUGCAACGGCCUCAAGCCUCAGGGGUAAGGUACUGAUGUUUUAUAGUCUGUGCUCAACUUGUGCGUGUUGGGCUAGACCAAUGAAGGCAUGGUAGGCCAGUAGGCAAGGUUCGUGCGCUGAUAUGUGGUUACCGGUAUGCGCGCACUGCUGCGGCUCCGACUGGAUGAUAACAGUCGCGCACAGGACAGGGGGCGGGGGGGGGGGGCUAGAAACCCGCAGGCGCACCCCACCCUUCAAAUGGAAAGAGCUUGACGAGAGCGUUUCGAAUGCGCUUUCAGAGUUUAAUCAGGUUAGUAAUUGCGGAGAUGUUUUGGGGGGCAUGGGCAUUACAGGAAGGGGGACCGAGCCGAACACAGCAAGCAGCAAAGCCAGGUAGCCAGCACGCUUGCCAACCAUUAUAGGAGCAGGAAACCCGCAAAUAUCUCGGUCCGGGUGAUGCUGUUUUCGCCUUAGUAAUCAGC